AUGGGAAAGUUGGCAGGUGUUGAUGGGAUUGGCAUCCCAGGAAUACCAGGACAGAAUGGAUUUCAAGGAGAGAAGGGAACGAUUGGACCCCCAGGGAUCCCAGGCCACAAGGGAGACCGUGGAGAAACUGGGGAACCAGGACCACGAGGAAUUGCUAUAAUAGGACCAACCGGGCCUAAAGGUGCCAGAGGAGAUAUUGGACCACCUGGACCCAUGGGACCCAAAGGUGAACAAGGGGUUCAAGGGAUUGAAGGUGAAAAGGGAAGCCCAGGAUUUGGAAUUCCCGGCCAGCCUGGCCUUAAAGGUGAACCAGGUGAAAGGGGCAAUGUUGGUUUAUCAGGCCGACCGGGUGAGAAGGGUGAAAUUGGCAAGGAAGGGGAGCAAGGGAAACCUGGAGCUCCAGGAAGCCCAGGGCCAAUAGGACUAAGAGGGUAUAAAAGGACAGAAAGGCGAACCAGGCAAGGGUGAAAUGGGUCCUCCAGGUUACUCAGGAGAGCGAGGAAUAAGGGGACCCUUGGGCCUGCCAGGCCGACCUGGAGAAAAGGGACAUAAAGGAGAUUCUGGAAACCCUG